UUGAAGGUUAGUUUCUAGUUCCGAGAGUUAGUUAUGAUUUUUUCCAUUUUUGACCAAAAAACUUUUAGGAAAAAGAACCUUUCCUUUUCUUCUUAUCGACUUUUCAAGCUACCUUGGAGUUCCCGUGUAAGUUGAGGAAUUGUUUUCAUUCCCCUAUAUAAUUACCUAUUUGCUUUACUAUUGCUGUUUUUGGUUUCAUUUGUCUAUAGUUACGUGUUAGGUUCUGUGUACUAGCAACUCUGUAAAGAAGUCUUCUCUAUGGAUAACUAUGAGGAGCUUGUUGAUCCUUCAACCUACAUUCCUCGAUUCACAAACGGUAAUUAUGUCUUUUGGCUCCCAUUCUACUUGUUCAAGUAGUUGUUGUGAAUAUCAGUCAAAUAUAAACACUUGUAUCAAAUUCUUAUUUCAUCACACACAUAGGCUUAUAUUGAAAAGUGGACAUGACGAUGAAACAACAACAAAGGUCAUUGAAACGGCUAUGAAUGUUAUAGCUAGUAUGAAGGGAGAUUGGAUGCAGACCGGCCGGAAACUAAGUGGAUCAUAUGUGGAGCAGCAAUUUACAUAGCUGCCCUUUCUCAUGAUAUUGCAGACAUGGGUGAAGAAACAAUAACCUAUUUAUUGAAUGGUCCGAAGCUGCAAGUUUAACUGUGAGUUAUUUAAGGACUGUCACGAAAAGGUAUGUCUCCAGACUUGUCUCUUUCCAUUUUUUUUAAGCUUAUGCAACUGGCAAAAGCCCUUGACAAGUAGCUCCUGAGAGUUGACAUUAAGAUGCUUUUCUUUUUCAAAAUUUCUUCCGGCAGUUCAUUGAAGUUUCUGCUGCUGUCAGUCUGUCUCUCAGAGGAAAGUGAAGCUUCAGAUGAAUCAGACAAUCUUUCUGACCUCGAUGGUGAUCCUGUGGUGAGCAAUAAUAAUUUUGCUUACUUUUGUGUUGUAUGUUUAACCUCUGUGGUGGUCAUACUAUUUUCACUGUGUCCCAAUAGGCUAUCUUCUCUUGUAUUUCCUUCUUAAAUUGUUAAAAUCUUACCAAAUUUUAAUUGUUUUGUAGGAAUCAAAGAACGCGCCUCCCGCAUCCACAGCUUUCGAAGCUUGUACCAGAAUGCUUGAGAGCAAGGGACUCGUCAACUACGUACCAUCUUUUGAAAGAGCUCUUAGAUCCUUCCAGAAUUAAGAAGAAGGAAGAUGAAGAAGAUCCUGAAGAGGAUGAAGAACAAGACAAGAAUGUUUCCUGAUUUUAGUCUUACUAACUCCGUGUUUUUCUUUUCCUUAUUGGUUAUAACAGGUGAAAGGAGACUAGAAAACAAGGGAAAUAAUCUAUUGUGUCUGUUGCAACAGUUUUUAUAAAAUUUGCUUAUGGAGAUGUUUGUUCUAAGACUUAACUGUUGUGUCCGUCGAUUCAUGAUACUGACUUAUACUAAUUAUAUGUGUUCUAUUUUUUCAUUAAAAAAACGCUCUAUAAAGACCAGCUCAGAAUAUGCUUUCUUUAUCCGACUAGCUAGGUAUGUGAGGUUGUGAGCCAAUUAUAAACCAAAAAUGUCUAAGCCAAUAAUUUUUAAAAUUAUAUGAUUUAUAAAUUAGUUUAUUUGAGAUUUCGCAUGAUUUUUAUAUAACUUUUUAGGCCCAUUUUAAUAACCUAGCGCAAGAUAUAAAAAGCAGGAGUGUCUGCGAAUCCGUCACACGAGAGGAUACGAAUUAAAACCUAAUAAUCCCUUUCCACUUGCUCUCAUCAGAUCUCGCCUCGCAGCCAUGGUGUGGUGUAAACAUUGUGCGAAGGAAGUUGCUGGAAUUCGCCCCGACGACUGUGCUUUGGCAUGUAAUCGAUGUGGGAGGAUAUUGGAAAAUUUUUAUUUUUCUGAGGAAGUUACUUUCAUUAAGAAUGCCGCUGGACAGAGCCAAGCGUCAGGUAACAUAGUGAGUAGUGUUCAGAGUGGGAUUCCAAGCUCACGUGCAAGGAGAAGUAGAAUAGCAAGAGAUGAGCUUAUGAAUUUUAGAGAUGCCUUGCAAAUUGGUGAGGACAGAGAUGAUGUGGUUAAUAUGGCUUCCCGACUCUUUGAUAUGGCAGCUGACCAAAACUUCACCAAAGGGCGCAGAUCUGAACUAGUACUCUCUUCCUGUCUCUACUUGGCUUGCAGGAAAAAGGAACUUGCGGUUCUUCUUAUUGAUUUUUCAAGCUACCUUCGAGUUUCCGUUUACGAGUUAGGUUCUGUGUACUUGCAACUCUGUGAACUGUUCUUUAUGGUGGAUAACCCGAACCGUGAGGACCUUGAGGAGCUUGUUGAUCCUUCAAUCUUCAUUGAACGAUUCACAAAGAGCUUAUUGAAAGGUGCACAUGACAAACAAACAAUAACAAAAGUCAUUGAAACGACUAAGAACAUUAUAGCUAGUAUGAAGAGAGAUUGGAUGCAGACCGGCCGGAAACCAAGUGGAAUAUGUGGAGCAGCAAUUUACAUAGCUGCCCUUUCUCGUGGUAUCAUGUGCUCCACGACAGAUAUUGCACACAUUGUGCAUAUGUGUGGAGCAACAAUAACCAAAAGAUUAAAUGAGUUUGCUAAUACGGAGGCUGCAAGUUUAACUGUUGAGGAGCUCGAUAAAAGCGAAGAAAGUAUAUUGCUUGAAAAACCUUUUACGCCAAGACCAAAUUCUGACAAAGAAGUAGUGAACUGUAAACAUAAGGAUUCAGAAAGUUUUGGUUAUGGAUUAUGUAGGGACUGUCACGAAAAGUUCAUGAAAGUUUCUGGUGGAGUUGUUGGUGGGUCGGAUCCUCCCGCUUUCCAGCGAGCAGAGAAAGAGAGAAUGGAAAAAGCAGCUAGAGAAGAAAACGAGGGAGGGAUUGAGAAAAGUGUAAGAGGAGAAACAUAUUGGAAUGCUGAAGAUUCGGAUGAAUCAGACAAUCUUUCUGACCUCGACGGUGAUCCUGUGGUGGAUGGCUGUUUUCUUGACGAGGACGAAAAGCGAGCUGUGCAGAAGUCAUGGGAAUUUCUUAACGCAGACUGGCUUAAGGAGCAAGCAGCUAAGGAAGCAGCUCUGAAGACGGCUAGUGACGCUUUCAACGCGAGCAAUGCUAAUUGCCCAGAGUACGCAAGAAAUCUUGUUGAAGCUUCUAAAGCAUCUGUGUCAAAAUCUAGAAAGGAAAAGCGACAAAAACGUGCAGAGGAAGCAAAGAACGCGCCUCCCGCAGCCACAGCUUUGGAAGCUUGUACCAGAGUGCUUGAGAGUAAGAAACUCAUAAAGCACUUCAACCCCGAUCGUUUGAAAGAGCUCUUCAACCCCGAUCGUUUGAAAGAGCUCUUCGAUACUUCCUCAGGUGAGAAGUCCCCCAAGAAAUCAAGAACCGAGACAGUUAUAGAGAAUAAGAAGGAAGUUGAAAUUGAAGAAGAAAAAGAUGAAGAAGAGGAUGAAGAAGAACCAUACGAAAUGUACGCAGAAGAGAAAUUCUAUGAAGACCAAGUGGAAGAGGAAGAGGAAGAAGAAGAGGAUGGUUAUGAUUUUGGAUUGUAAUAAUAUAUUAUCUAGCUAUAUUAUAUUUUUAUUCAUUUUUGUUUUGCCGGACUAGUUAAACAAAUUUAUGUGCAUCAGUAUAUGAGAAUAGAGAGUUACUGAA